GUGCCGCCAUGUCCUUCCUCUCGCAUAUUUCGCGACGGAUGCUCGGCAACGGAUUGGAGGGCGCUGCAUCCUACUUCGACACGGCCGAGCAGCUGCCAGUCGGCACCAUAUCCGCCGAGGCGUACACCAGCCGCGCCAUCUGCUGGCGCGUCCUCGCGAAGCGGCUCGACUGGCGCAGCUUCGGGUGGGCCCCCGAGGACGACGCUGCCGGUAUCGGGACUCUUGACUUGAGGACGCUGCAGGGCUACUCAGGGCAAACCACCGGCGAGGCAGCGGUGCUAGAGACGUGGGCUGCCGCGGUCGGGCUCGAGCGGCUGCCCGCUCCGAUCGGGUGGGCUCUGCUGCUCAUCGACACGGCCCUUGUCAUGCGAUGGGCGGGCUCACCGCUCGAUUCCGCAUCGCCGCCGAGCCUGGACGCCUACCCUCGGUACCCCGCAUACCCGGAGGCCGACUCGCAGGCGAUGGGAGGCAACGGGGAGGGAGGUCGGCCGAGCCACCACCCAGC